AUGCUAAGCGUUAGCAAAACAUCCCCUGACGUCACUCGACCGCGCCUCUUCCGGUUUUCGUCCAGCGGUGAAAUGUAAGAAAAUCUACAUUUUUAACCUGAUUAAAUAUAAAACUUUAUCGGGAAAUAACUAAAUAAAGUUAGACGAUUAUUUUUCUAUUCUUUUGUUAUUGUAUUCGUUGUUUUUAUUCAGUUUUGGAAAAUAUCCAAGUCCCACGGGGAGGAACUGACUUCAGUGUCCAUGCGACACGGAGGAAUUAUACUAACGGACAAGAUGGCCGCUGCAUCGAUGAUUUAAGUCGCCGGUGUUUUGAACAAAUUAUUUAGUUUUUAGCGUCUUUAAGUUCAUGUGAAAUCCAGCUUGUGUUUACUAUCUUAAAGAUUAAAGAGUAUUGAAGUUAAACACAAACAAAGAGGCGUCAGUAAAGUAGCUUUUAAGGCAACAUGGCGCUGUCCACACACGAGACAGGUGUGAUCACAACAGGUGAGCUGUCCCCGUGUGGCCCGGGACAGACGGGGCCAGCUCCGACCCGGGAGGAGGUGGACGGACCCGGCGGGGAACGGACUCUGGUGUCCGGCUUCAAGCAGAUGAAGCUGGAGAAAGAGGCUCAGAAGAACUGGGACUUAUUCUACAAAAGAAACACCACGAAUUUCUUCAAGGACAGACACUGGACCUGCAGGGAGUUCGAGGAGCUCCGAGCCUGCAGAGAGUUUGAGUCCCAGAGGCUGGUUCUGCUGGAGGCCGGCUGCGGCGUGGGGAACUGCCUCUUCCCUCUGCUGGAGGACGACCUCAACAUCUUUGUUUACGCCUGUGACUUCUCUCCACGAGCUGUGGAGUUUGUCAAACGAAACCCUCUGUUCUGCCCGGAGCGCUGCUCGGCCUUCCAGUGCGAUCUAACCAAAGACGACCUGAAGACAAACGUGCCGGAGGGCAGCGUGGACGUCGUCACCCUCAUCUUCGUUCUGUCGGCCGUCCAUCCCGAUAAGAUGAAGCUGGCUCUGCAGAACAUCAGCAGGGUGCUGAAGCCUGGAGGCGUCGUCCUGUUUAGAGACUACGGGCUGCAGGACCACGCCAUGCUGCGAUUCAAAGCAGGCAGCAAACUGGGGGAGAACUUCUACGUACGGCAGGAUGGCACCAGGUCCUACUUCUUCUCCAAAGAGUUUCUGGCCGAGCUCUUUGCGGACGUGGGCUUCCAGUCUGAUUCCAACGACUACGUCCUGAGAGAGACGGUCAACAAGAAGGAGGGGCUUUGUGUUCCCAGGGUGUUCCUGCAGAGCAAGUUCACCAAGCCUGACCAAUCAGACAGCUCCUGACGUCACACGGUCGUCACUUGUCUCCUCAUGAAUCUCCAGAGACGAUCACGAGACGGAUAAGACCAGCUGAAACUUAUCGGUGAAGAAGGUUCCUAUGUAGAACCUGUGACCUGAUCCUCACCGUGUUUGAUCUCUUUAGACCGGGGGGGGGGCUGGACCAUAACGCCGCCUCUGACUCGAGCCCUGACUCCGUAGAAUGGCUGCUUCAACAUCAGAGGAAGACUUGUACUGAGAAUCUUAAAGAGGGAAAUACGUGGAACUUGUUUGUGAGUUUCAGCCUCAGCCCUUAUCUUGGUUCUUGUUUUUCAUCGUAAGAUAUUUGUAUUUUUUCAGUUUUGUAACAUAAGAAAUAACGCUGACUUUUCUGGACAGUUUAUUUAGACUCUGGAGGGAGAAGUCCAGAAAAACCUCCAGAACAACUGAUUCAGACUUCAUGGUUCUGUCUUCGUACUGUUUGUCAUCUCUUGAAGGUGGUUAAAGAGGAAAGUGGUGUUUGAGUGUGUUGUCGGGACAAAGGACCAAAGUUUCAACUCGAUGGACCUGAAACUUUUUCUCUCAGUCCAAAACAACUCUUGUAAUGACUCACAGGCUCCGUCUGUACGAGUGGCUUUAAACCUGAUCACAAAACAAUGCACGACCUGCUGCAGUUUCCUGUCCUUUGGUCAAACGUGCAGUCUCUCACUGCACUGGAAAAAAAACCAACAGGUGGAAACGGGUUCAAGCCUCGUGCACGUAAAUGCAAACUCGACAGAGCCCUGGUUAUAGAUCAGAGGUAAAACCACAGAGUCGACUCUCAAACUGAACUUUCUCUGUGAAGAUGAGCUUUGUCCUUUUUACAGAUCACCACAGGGUUCAGGUUCAUUCUGCUGCUUCUCGUGUGGUUGUCUGACUCUGACCUUUAGAAACACAAAGCACAGAAGGAAACUGAACCAGGGCCGAGUGUUUCAAACAAGCUUCAGCAAUGAGGCUACUUUUAGCUGCAGAUCGUUUCAGCAGCUUCUCGCUCCUCAGACCAGCCGACAGGAAACCAGCAGGUUGAAGGUGUGAUCCGUUUCUAUAGAUAGUGACUCUACCUCCACUUUAUAACAUCAGUAAACACUUUCCUCAGGAGUUUAUGUCUCACUCUCUAGUUUCAAGUGUUCUUCAACACAGCUGAUGUUCAGUCAGUGAAUUAUGUGUGGACACUGAGUGAUGGUGAAGCCUUGGUUGGUUCACACUCAAUGGAAUCACAUUGCAGACCUUGUUUUUCUGGCAUAAGCCCUUUUUAUUGAUAUGACAGGGGGACAGCGGGAAAGGGCGGGAGCGAGCGGAGAGAACGUGCACAAACGGGCCGGGUUUGAACCUCAGCGGCAGCAGCUGCAGGACUCGAGCCUCCGUACAUGUGAGUCUUUACGACUCUGAGCUAAAAACACUGAAACAGGUUCAACAGACGAGGAAGCAUCCAAAUAAUCAUUUAGCUGAAAAGGUUUGUGAACUGUGGUUUAUUCAACUUGCUGGAGCAUUUGAAUCCUUAAUGAACAGAGUCGCCUGCGUCAGGUGAUCGAGCUGCACAGAGGGAAACAGGAAAACAACAUGUAAACAACUUGUUUCCUCUCAGCUUCGAGUGACAAAAGACAUUUCACUUUGCAUUAAACUGAUAAACUUCAAUAAUAAAUUAACUACAUCAAGUCUUCAUGA